AUGUCCGCGCGGACGAAGCUCCUCGCGCUCGCGCGCGCUUCCGCGCGCGCGCCUUCGUUCCUCGCCGCGUCCUCCGCCGCGCUUCCGUCGACGUCGACGUCGUCGUCGUCGUGCGGCCGCGGCGUCGCCCCCAGCCCGCGUCCGCCUCCGUUCGGAGGGGCGCACUCGCGCGUCGUCGUCCGCUGCGGCCACGGCGCGGACCCGACGUUCGGGUACGACCCCUCGCGCGCGGGGACGUCCGAGUACGUGGACAAGCACUUCGGCCCGGAGCCGAUGGACGUGAUCGCGACGCGGAAGCUCCGCGUCAUGACCGCGGGGUACUUCAAAGAUUUCGGAGGAUUGAAAAAGUUUGCCGGCCGCGCGUCCACGAUACGCUGCCAUGAGAACAACCCGCUCGUGCGCGCGGCGCUCAACGAGCCCGGCGACGGGCGCGUCCUCGUCGUCGACGGCGGAGGCUCCACGCGGUGCGCGCUGAUGGGGGACAACCUCGCCGCGCUCGCGGCGAAGAACGGAUGGAGCGGGGUCGUCGUCAACGGCUGCGUGCGCGACGUGGACGACGUGGGCCGGUGCCGCGUCGGCGUGAAAGCGAUCGCGGCGCACCCGGUGCCGUCGUCGAAGAGAGACCCGGGGUUGCGCGACGUCGACGUGUCGUUCGCGGGCGUGACCGUGUCCCCGGGGGACUGGAUAUACGCGGACUCGGACGGCGUGGUGGUCUCCGGCGAGGAGCUGACGUUGUAGUGGUACGUAAAAAAUUGAACG